GCCGCGCAGGCGCAGUGCACUGUGGUCCAAGGAUCUAUCUAGUCAUGGACAUAAUAGUUAUUAGUUUAAUGUGUCAUACUGUGUUGUGAUGUUAGUGCACAGUGAAUUAUUAAAUUGUAAUUUUUUAUACACAAAGCUUAUUUGUAGUUAUCACGUGUGUUUUGAAAAUAUUACAUGAAAAUGUUCAGCACAGACUUCGAAGACUACUGUGACUUUAACGACAGCAUCUGCAGCAACGAUUCAGGCAUUGACAGGUCCUAUGGAGAUCAUUCAGCGACACCAACUUCAGUGAAUAGUACUCCGAUGAAAUAUAACACACCGGAUUUUGGUAUUUCUCUUACACCGAAUAAGCCAUCUAACAAUGUGAGAAGAAAACUUUUUAGUGGUGACUAUGAAUUUCCUGUCCAUGAUCCAGUUGAUAUUAAAUCCUUUGAAAAUAACCUUAGUCCGGUCGAUAAUACAUCUACUCCCACCAAAGCCAAGAAACCAAAAGACCCUAAUAAGCCAAAAAGGAAAUAUGCUAAUGGAAAAAAUAGAGUGACAAGGUGUAAAAGUCCUACGCAGAUUAUGAAAAUAAAGCGGAACCGAAGAAUGAAGGCGAAUGAUAGAGAAAGAAAUAGAAUGCACAUGUUGAAUGAGGCAUUAGACAAACUGCGAUGCGUAUUACCAACAUUUCCUGAAGAUACAAAACUAACGAAAAUUGAAACACUACGAUUUGCUCACAAUUACAUUUUUGCAUUAAGUGAAACCUUAGAAUCUUUAGACAAUAUAAAUUCUGGAAAUGCACCCCCCGAAGGGUUCACAUUGAAUUAUGAGAAGCUACAACAUUAUUCUAUUGCUGGAGAAAAAAUAACAAAGGAUGCAUUUAGAGACAUGUUUUUGGUACCGAAUAAAAGUGACGAUUAUAAUAAUGAUGGUAGUUAUAGGAAUUUCCAAGGAUUCAGUAAGCCAUUCCCGAACGGCUCAAACUUCAUGCAAACAUCAGAAGGUGUUCUGAUAAACGUAGGAAAUGUUACAGUAUCUGUAAACAAUAAAGGAGGCAAUUGUAUAACUUCAACUACGGGUAGUGGAUUCUUCACCCACCCUUCGAGUUUUGGUGACGAUAUCAAUCAGCAAAACUUUUACCAUCACGAAAGGAGUUUUGGAAAUUGUAGUAACAUUAACGACUCGUAUGAAGCUACUAUUCCCAUCAACAACGAUGGAUAUUUCAAUCAAACCAAUUACGAAAUUUUUAAGAAUGCUUUUGAUACUGCUAAGAACAGAAAAUAUCCGAAAACGAACGAAUUUCCUUCGAAUUAUAAUAAUUUUAAUAAUAACGCUUAUGUACAUACUGAUAAACACUUUUAUGGUGCGGAUACGAAUUACCCACAAACAAAUUUUUAUUAUAACCAAAGAUAUAAAGAUUUUUAUAAUAGAUCUUCAAGUGUUGUGAAUGCUCAAAUUUGAGAAAAACUUAUUGUCAAUUGUAUUUAGGUAUAUUGAAGAAUUAUGUAAAUUAAAUCUAGUCAUAUCACGUAAGAUAUAUAUAUAUUAAAUAGAUGAAUUGUGAAUUUUUAUAAGACAAUAAAAGUAAUAUGAAAAUAUUAUUAUAAGUUGUACCUGCCAAAGUUUACGCACUAGUCAUUUUUGUACUCAAAUUAAAGAUGUAUAG